AUGGUAUCUAGUGUUAAGAGAACAGUGAGAAUAAAAACAGAACAGCAUGUAUUACCAGACCUUCCACCUGUGGAAAAUUUUCCAAUGCGCCAAUGGAGUAUCGAAAUUGUCUUAUUAGAUGAAGAAGGUAAAGAAGUACCAGCUACUAUAUUCGAUAAAGUUAUUUAUCAUUUGCAUCCUACAUUUUCUAACCCAAAUAGAACAUUCACUGAUAUUCCAUUUAGAAUUGAAGAACAAGGUUGGGGUGGAUUCCCAUUAGAUAUAUCGGUUGUCUUGUUAGAAAAAGCUGGUGAAAGAAAAAUUACACACGAUUUAAAUUUCCUACAAGAAUCAUAUGAAGUCGAUCAUGUUAUCCAAGUGCCUUUAAACAAACCAGCAUUAACCACCGAAUUAGCUAAAAGUGGAUCAAUAGAAGAUACAGCUCCAAAACGUAAAGCAACAUCUGUCGCAGAACCAAAAGCCAAAAAAGCCAAAACCGCAAGUGCUUCAACCAUCAAAGGUAACGUAGAUCUUGAAAAAUUAGCAUUUGGUUUAACAAAAUUAAAAGAAGAAGACCUAGUAGGUGUAGUACAAAUGGUAACAGACAACAGAACUUCCGACAUGAAUGUAACGAAUAACAUAGAUGAUGGUGAAUUCAUCAUCGAUUUAUACAGUUUACCUGAUGGUCUAUUGAAAAGUUUAUGGGAUUACGUAAAGAAGAACACUGAUUAA